GGACAAGUUGAGAGUUGGGAUGGGAAGUAGUUGCAGAAGGUAGAAGGUCAACGUAGCAAGAUUUCAUUCUGCCGCAGCUUGGAGGAGGAGGAGGAGGAGGAGGAGGAAGAGGAGGAAACCUGACGCGGGACGUUUGUGGAACACCGCGGAUUUCCUCCUGCUGGCAGGCAGGGGCAUGAUGAUGGCAAUAACUGUGGAAUGAUAAGGACCGUUAGCUCAAGAUGGGCAGGCGCAGAGAUCAGCUUUAACUUCAGCCGGUGGCGCUUCAGCUUGGAAAUGGAUGAGUUCCAUCCAUUCAUUGAGGCUCUGCUGCCCCAGGUUCGUGCCUUUGCCUAUACUUGGUUUAACCUCCAGGCCAGGAAGAGGAAGUACUUCAAAAAACAUGAGAAGAGGAUGACUAAAGAAGAAGAGAGAGCUGUUAAAGAUGAAUUACUAGGAGAAAAAGCAGAGGUGAAACAAAAGUGGGCUAGCCGUCUUUUGGCAAAACUAAGAAAAGACAUCAGGCCUGAAUGCAGAGAGGACUUUGUCUUGUCAAUCACCGGGAAGAAGGCUGCGUGUUGUGUCUUGUCUAAUCCUGACCAGAAAGGCAAAAUGAGGCGAAUAGAUUGUCUCCGCCAAGCUGACAAGGUAUGGAGGUUGGACUUGGUGAUGGUUAUUCUCUUCAAAGGAAUCCCUCUAGAAAGCACAGAUGGAGAACGUCUGGUUAAGGGAGGGCAGUGCUCCAGUCCUGUACUCUGUGUCCAGCCACAACACAUCUCAAUUUCUGUGAAAGAGCUAGACCUCUACCUCGCAUUCUAUGUGCAGGAGAAAGAGGCAGAGCAAACCAGCAGUCCCGGUCAUACUGGUGUGGGAUCAGACCAGGAGGACAGUCGGAAAGCCACGAUAGAUGGUCCAGAGUUCCAGGACAGUUUUGUGACUUCCGGAGUUUUCAGUGUUCCUGAGUUGGUCCAGGUCUCAAGAACACCAGUAGUUGCUGGAGUGGGACCUGGUUUCUCUGUUGGGGAGCUUCAAGGUCACCUGGCAUAUGACCUUAACCAUUCAAUCAACCAACCUGUCAGCCUUCGACGGUCACUGGCCAGCACUUCCUCCAGCGGGAGUAAACGCCUUAAGUCUGGCUCCAUUGAAGAGGAUGCUGACAGUCCGGGGGGGGAGUAUUACCACUCACCUGCAUCUCCUGCAAGCAGCUCCAGGAACUGGACCGAUGACUUGGAAGGAGGAUUGUCCCCCCCGGUGAAGAAGGCAGAGCUUGAUAGCCCCUCUCCACAAGAGGGCUCACCAAGAUUGGGAUCCUUCACUCAGCACCACCGUCCAGUUAUAGCUGUGCACAGUGGUCUUUCUCGAUGUCCUCAUCCCUCAUCUUCUCUUCACUUUCCAUCUUCUUCCUACUUUGCCCAUGGAGCGAUCCGCUAUCCUCCUCACCUAGCCCAGGACCCCCUGAAGGAUCUAGUCUCAUUGGCUUGUGACCCUGCAAAUCAGUCCUCCAGCUCUCUGAAUGGCAGCACUCAGGUUAAAGUGCCCAGCCAUUACAUCUCCUCUCAGAUGUUAGUGCCCCCUGGACCAGCAUCCUCCCUCACCAGACCAGCAGUUCCCACAGAGUCAAAAGCUUCUACCUCCUCUCCUGAUGGGGGGGCAAAUUCCCCUACAUCGCCUACAUAUUCUUCUCCUGGGACCCCCCCUGCCAGUCGAUCUUCCUUUGUGGGAGUCAACCCUCGAGAUCCAGGGGAAAUCUACCAAGCCCAGGUCCUGGCCCUCCAUCCCGCACCCAGGCCAGAUGGCCCUUGGCACAGGCCCCAGAGGAUGAUGCCAACAUGACCCGGACCUGGACGAGCAGGUCAACUAGGUCAUCCCCUGCUGACUCUGAUAGACAUCUCCGUUCCCCGAAAACCCACCCGGAGAGGGAGGCUCCGCCCGCCGCACAACCUGGGGUUAGGGACAGGCACUCACUCACCAGGACCAACGCCAAACACAGUUGUAAAUCUCAACUCCUCCCUGAGUCCUCGAAGUGAAAACACAGUGGUAAAUCUGUAAGCAUGAGAGCUUCUUUCACACGGCAAAGUUAUGCAGGUGCACCCAGAGAAGAUAUGAGCAGAGUUACAUACAUCAAUAAAAAUUCUCACAACAUCAUUCAAACAACUCUCAACACACAUACGACAAAAGACACCCAGGCUGGGCUCAUCCCCACUUCCCCUCCCUCCCCUCCCCCCACUAGCAGAGUGCAAACCCCAUUGAAUGAAAAGGCAUCUGCUAUUAGAUGGUAAUGUCCAUGCCCCCUACCAGCUCAACAGGCCCAGGGGCCCCCAGCACACCAGAGGCCCCAGUAGGGCCAGACACCUGGGCAUGCACCAGCCCAAACCCCAAGCAGCAUACUCCACAGAACCCGAACCCCCAAGGCCACACCAGGACACCCGCCCAAGGACAACACACCACAGGAACCCAGAGCCCCGGAGCCACCCCAGACCCACCCAGCGGCAGCACAACUACCAGGCCAGUAACCCACGUCCGUCAGCGCAGAACCCCCCAAGAGCAUCGCAAGCGGCCGCUGCAGGCCGCCCUGAGGCCCCCCAAGCCCCGCCCAGGUGGGGACCAUAGACCCCAAGGCCGGACCCACCAGAUACCACACUCCGGGCAAUCCCCAGAGCCCCAAGACCCAGGCACCCUCUGAAUCAGCCACCAUGCCCUACAGGACACAUCCCACAGCUCCCCGCCCACACAAAGUGAUGGAGCCGAUCAAAGGAACCCAAAGAGAUCAAUCUGGAGGGUGUGUUCCAAUUACAGAGGAUGUGCAAAACCCAUCUUGAAUAAUCUUUGACCUGUAUAGUGUACUCUGUGAAUAAUUUUGUAUUGUAUUUGUUGUAAAUUUGGGUUUCUAGUCAUUUUGAAAGUUUGAUUCAACGUGUGAUUCAGACAUUGUUAGAUAGCUGCUGCGUUUGUGUUUAGUGGAGUGGCUCAUUUAAGUUAAUAGUUACCCAUUUGGAUUUGUGUUUAGAACCCUGUGCCAGUAUCUCCUGUGUGUUUGGCUUAUGUGCAUUUACUAGCUUGAGGCCAGAAAGAGGGUGGAAUUAGGGCCAGAGUCCGCACUGACUGACACACUGAGUUUUCCUGUGUUAGUUUCAUUAGGUGUAGUGGGUGCUGUGCUCUGUUUUUUUUUGGGGGGGGGGGGGGGGUUUGAGUAAAAAUCUCCUCUGUUUGUUUAUUGCCUGCACCUCUUGUUAUCAAAUAAAUUAUCAUUUUAUAAGAACUUACCAGUUUCUGCCUAUAUGUUUAUGACUCCACUCCCCUAGACCAACAAGGGGUCGUAACAGUAGUUAUGGAAGUUAGGCAGGUCUAGUCCCCCUCUGUCUUUAGUCUACUGUAGCAUGUUGAAGCUGAUACGAGGGGGUUUAUCUUUCCAA